AUGUCUUCCUCGCCUGAAGUGUACCAUCAACCACCACACUCUGAUCUGGAAGUGUCCUCUCCAGGACAGCAAACCGUUGCCAUGUCAGACAAGUUCUACUCGGAUCGACAGCAGGAGAACGUGCCUCCUCAGUAUUUCUAUGGAUCGCCAGAAGGAGAUGCUAAGAAGGGAAGGACGAUGUGUGGUGUGAGGCCGGCGACGUUCUUUUUGAGUCUGGCCCUCGUGCUGGUUAUUCUCGCGGCGGGUAUUGGGGGUGGAGUUGGAGGGACGAUGGCGGUUAAUAAUGCGAAGAGCGAAAACAAUAACAACAACGGCACAUCCAUACGCACAGUAACCAUAACAACUACAGCAUCACCCGCAACCGGCACCAUCGCCUCCGCCUCCUCCUCAGCCAGCGGCUCCAGCACUAGCUCAUCCAUCAUCAGCGUCCCCACAGCCGGCACCGUCGCGCUCGACUGCCCCAACAUCGACAACACCGAGUUGCGCAUGACCCUAGUAGAAACCUCCGUCUUCACCGUCAUCUGUGGUCGCGAUUAUCCCGGCGCGAAAAACGACAUUGUGGCAGUGACGGCAUACUCGUUGAACGAUUGUGCGAGGGCGUGUGCGAGUUAUAAUAAGAAUUCGGGGACUAAGGAUUGCAAGGGAGCGGCGUUCAAGAGUGAUUUGACGUUGAAUGUGCCGGUUAAUUAUGGGAAUUGCUGGCUCAAGAACAACACGCAAAGUCCAAGCUCUGGAACAAGUAAUGGGCUGGCAGCAUUACUAUUGAACGACUGA